AUGUCAUAUCUUGUGAUAUCUAAAUUUAUUGGUAAAGCGGACCUUCCUGAGAAAACAGCAUUUAUAAAUUCACAUCGUAGUUUAUCAAAUCUUUCAAAAUUUCAAUUCGAAGUUUCAUCAAAAAUAACAACAAACGGCAUGUCAUUUCUACAAACCAUUUCAAAAUUAUGUUCGAGAAUUCAACACUUGGAUAUAAAGUUUUCAUAUAUCAAUUUAAAUGAUGAAAUUAAAGUAAUGGAAAUGUUUUCAAGAAUCAUUAUUUCUCAGAAAGAGUUAAACGAGCUUUUAUUGUCAGGAGCGAGAGCAGCAAAUGGACUAAAAAUGAUUUUACAAACUUUAGAAACUCAAAGUGAAUCAUUACAUUCUUUAGAAUUUAAAUUAAUAGACUUCUCAGAAAUCGAUUUAUCACCGUUGAAAAAAUGUAAAUCUUUAAAACAUUUAACGGUUCAAUAUUGUCAAGGAUUAACAACGGAAUCUAUAGCAUCACUAUUACAAGCACAAUUUUCAUUGGAAUCAUUAAAGUUUGGAUGUCCGCCAGUAUCAUAUUCAACACAAUUAGCACUUUUGACAAUAUUCGGUAAAUCGAUAAAGAGAUUAACAAUAGAUUUAUUAAAUCAAGAAACAAUAUUCACAAUUUUAAAUUGUUGCCAAGAGAUCAGACAUUUAAAAUUAGAAAAUUGUUUCAUGCAAAAACCCAUUAAAAUUGGGAAACUGUUGCACGGAUUGAUAAAACUUGAAAAGUUAGAAAUUUUUAUAAAUGUAAAAAGUGGAGAGUAUGAAAAUCUGAUAUUGGAAUCAAAAGAUAUACCAAAUUCAUUGGAUUGUUUAGUUUUAGAGACAAAGGAGUUGAAGAUUUUAGGGAUUGAAAGUGAUAAAAGAUGGAUGGAUGGAGAAAAGGAGGCGUGGGAGUUGAAAAGAUUAAGAGACAAUUAUGGAAUUUUUU